AACUUUUCUACCGGAUCCUACCAACUAUCCUUGGCUAAACAAUUUAUUACUCAGCUAUUCUCCGUUAUUAUCUUACUUCAGUCAAAUACAAACUUACCCCUGGUCUAACGUUCGUGAAGCUCCAGGUGUAAAUGUUGGUCUAAAACCUCCUCAUGCUCCUGUUCCAUCUAUUGCUAAUUUUAGCAGCCCAAAUAAAACAUAUCCCGGUGAUUUUGGCAUUUUAGGCAACAUUAACACAAAUUAUUAUGUUAACAUUACUACAAGUGGUUCAUCUUUUCAAGCUCAGAACUUCAUACCGGUUCCAUUUUUUCAAAAGCCAAUUGAAAGUAACACGUACUCUAAUAUUGAUCAGCUAGAUUAUGCAUACGAUGAUAUAUUAAGUGAUAGUAUUCAUGAUGUGAUCAACGCAUUAGCUAACGUAACUAAAGUUCCACUAAAAAAUCAAAAUCAGACAAGUUCCGAUCUAUUAUAUUAUAAUAUUAAAGUUGCAGGAAUAAUAACAAAAAUGCCUUGGGGAAAUAUAUUAUUUGAUUCAGCAAACAAUUUUUCUAAACAAUGGAAUUAUACUUUACAAACUGGCUCAGAUAUUCGAAUUUCUGCCGCUGUUUCUUUUCCAUCUCAAGGUUUGAGAAGAAUAGCUCAACAAAGUGAUUUAAGUAAUGGUAUUAUACGAACUGUUAAUGGUACUAAUGGUGGCGGUCCUACUGCUGUUGGUAUUACUCCAAUGUAUCGUGUAAUGCCACAAGUGGUGUCCACUAAUAUCAAGAUCCCAGUUGGAUCUUUAAUCGGUGGAAUUUUAUAUCCGUUUGGUGUCUCAUUCCUUUUACCAAUUUUCGUGAUUACCUUAGUGAAAGAAAAAGAGGAUAGAAUACUAGUUAUGAUGAAGAUGAAUGGGCUAAGGACUUUUACUUAUUAUCUUACUCAUUAUAUACAUUUCUUUUCUGUGCAUAUUGUUACUACGUUUGUGUUUAUAAUCACUGGGUUAGUUUUCAAAAUGGAAAUAUUUACAAAAACUGAUCCAAGUGUUUAUAUUAUUUUAUUUUUUGUAUGGGGUCACGUUGAAAUUGCGUUAGCAUUUAUCUUUUCUUGUUUUUUUUCGAAAGCAAGAAUUGCUUUGGUUUGUACUUUCUUAAUUGUUUUAUGUGGAAUCAUCGUUAGCUUUGCUGCAGAAUCUUUAUAUCGUGAUCUUGAUUCCGCGCCGUUAGCAUAUUUUUUAUGGCCUCCUUUCGCGUUUUAUAGAUGUCUUAAUUUGAUUAAUAAUGCAAGUGUUAGUUUGAUUACUCCACCAUAUAGAUUAAGUUAUUUGAUUGUAGGAAAUGAGGUUUUUAAUGGAAUAAUAUUUAUGGUGGUUGAAUAUUUCAUAUUGUUGAUUUUAGCAUUUUAUUUGACUAAUGUUUUACCCAGUGAGUACGGCAUUGUUAAACCUUGGCAUUUCAUAUUUACCGAACCAUAUUAUAUGAUUAAAAAACAUAAAAAGAAAGAGGAAAACGAAGAUAUUAUUGAACUUGAAAAAGGAACAGUAGAAAUUGAUCCAGAUGAAGUAAACCUUGAAGAUGAUGAUGUUAAAGAAGAGAGAAAGAGGGUUCUGGGAAAUAAUUAUGACAUAGAUUCUCCAUUAGUUAUGAAACAUAUGAGAAAAAUUUAUCCAAGUGGAAAAUUGGCAGUUAAAGAUGUUACCUUUGCUGUUGAUAGGAAUGUUAUUUUUGGACUUUUAGGACCUAAUGGUGCAGGAAAAACAACGUUAAUUAGUAUUUUAACCGGAUUAUAUCCGCCGACUUCUGGUUCCGCAACAAUAAAUAACCUUGACAUUCUUACUAAUAUGCGAGAAGUUUAUCUGUCUAUUGGUGUAUGCCCUCAACAUGAUAUUUUAUGGGAUGAUUUAACAGUUGGUGAGCAUUUAUUAUUUUACGCUCGUCUGAAAG